GCGCACUGAUGUCCCACACCAUCUGCGCGGAAAACUUGGAGGGAUGCUGGAUACAGAGCGGCGUGAAGGCGAGAGGAAGCACAAACACAUGGACAGCAGCUCUACACUCCGGACACCUGCAGUGCUGCUGAAUGGGUGACCACAUCACAGCCCUGUGUUUCCUGUGAAGCUUCUGUACAGCCCAGGACAGGCCUCAUCUCCUCAGGAUGUAUCAGGAGGUGGCCUUUCUAGCAGGGAGCACUGAGCACCAAUUCACCUCUUUUCACUUCAACCGAGUGGAGAACCCUCAAGAGGUCAGCUCCAAGAAGGGCCUGUUCUACAAGCGAGCACAGCUGCUGCUGCAGCCUCAGCCCCGGCUGGCUGUGGGAGAUGAGAGGGCGGCCAUCAUUAACGUGGGGGGCAUAAAGUACCGUAUCCCCUGGACCACACUGGAGGAGUUCCCGCUGACACGCCUGGGCAAACUGCGCAGCUGCAGCAGUGAGCAGGAGAUCAUGGACCUGUGUGAUGACUAUGAUGGCAGCAGACACGAGUACUUCUUUGACAGGAGCCCUUCGGCUUUCAGGACCAUCGUCACCUUCCUGUCUGCGGGGAAGCUCCGCCUCCUCAGGGAGAUGUGUGCUCUGUCCUUCCAGGAGGAACUGCUGUACUGGGGCGUGGAGGAGGACAACCUGGACUGGUGCUGUUUGCGCAAACUGCACCUGAGACAGGAAGAGUACAAGGAGCAGCAGAGACUGGAGGAGGAGGAGGCGGAGCUCACAGCACCCCCGUCCUGUGAGGAUGCACACGUGCCUGGGACAGGCUCAGAGGACAGUAACUCUGCUACCUGCAUGAGGAGGCUGAGGGACAUGGUGGAGAACCCACACUCAGGAAUCCCAGGGAAGAUUUUUGCGUGUCUGUCUGUCAUAUUUGUAGCCAUCACUGCAGUGACGCUGUGUGUCAGCACCAUGCCCGACCUCAGAGCGGAGGAGGAGCGGGGUGAGUGCUCCCAGAAGUGCCAUAACAUCUUCGUGCUGGAAACCGUGUGCGUGGGUUGGUUCUCCUUGGAGUUCGUGCUUCGCUUCAUCCAAACCCAGAGCAAAUGCAUGUUCCUGAGGACGCCGCUGAACGUGAUCGACGUGGUAGCCAUCUUACCAUACUACAUCACGCUAAUCGUAGACACUCUUUCCGUCGGCGGGAAAAAAAGCGGAUCCGGAAACAACUACUUGGAGAAAGUGGGACUGGUUCUCAGAGUUCUCCGAGCGUUGAGGAUCUUCUACGUCAUGAGGUUGGCGCGGCACUCCUUGGGUCUCCAGACGCUAGGUUUGACGGUCCGACGCUGUACGAGAGAAUUUGGUUUGCUCCUCUUGUUUCUUUGCGUUGCUAUGGCCCUGUUCGCUCCGCUGGUUUUCUUAGCCGAGAGUGAAUUUGGCGCCAAGCAAGAGUUCACGAGCAUCCCUGGAAGUUACUGGUGGGCUGUAAUCUCCAUGACAACGGUGGGAUAUGGAGAUAUGGUACCGAGGAGUAUUCCAGGACAGGUGGUGGCACUUAGCAGCAUUUUGAGUGGUAUCCUGCUAAUGGCGUUCCCAGUUACGUCCAUCUUUCACACGUUUUCGAGGUCCUACGUGGAGCUGAGGGAGGAGCAGAAUCGUGCGUUGAGACAAAAGCCGGACUCGCAGGAUUCGACCAAGUCUCAGAACAGUGAAGACUCACAAGAGACUGACAGUUAUCAUGGGAUCAUAGAGCCCCAAGUAGUACACAGGAGGAAGUCUAUGGCAGUUCAGAGGCAGCAGAACUGAAAGCUGGAACUUAGCAGAGGACUUACAACAUGAUGAUAGCAACAGAAGUAGUACAGUUCAGUUCAGUAACACUGUUCAGUAACACACUCCUGGACAGCAACAUUUCUGAGUACUCAAAGUCACCAAAAACGUGUUUGACUAACUUGUCUUGAAUGAAAAAUGAAAAAUCUGUUUUAGGUAAACUUUGUCAUACAUACCAAAUAUAUACUAUUUUACUUUAUAAUUUUGACAUGACUUUUUACAGUUAUGUCCAAGGUAAUUUAUACAUGGCUUGUUUUAUCCAUAUUAAUAAUUAAAAAAAAAACAGUUGUGCUGAAAAUGCAACCUCCAACUGAUAGAUCAUGAGAUAAACAGUUGACCAUGAAAUUACCAUGCCCUGAUCCCUGAUCCUGAGCCAGAUUCUUCUUCUUUUCUUCUGCUUCUUUUCUUCUUCAUCUUUCAUUAUAUCAUUAUACCUGUAGAAUCUGAAAACCACCCAAAUAACGUGUACAGCCCUGAACUGAACUGUGCUGCUUGGUUAACUGGAGCUUGUCUCGACUCCAGCAAAAGGACGUGAAAAUGCACAACAGGAUGAUUCUAAAGGGAAAUAAUCUCUGGAUCUAUGCUUGGAUUGUGUAAAGCACUUCAAAGUAGAUCUGCUCAAAGACUUUUGUGAGAUUUUUGUCGCAAAGAUGACUUUAAAAGACAUUACCAAACCCGCCAAGGUGACUGCUUCAGACACAAACAAUAACUGUGAUUCAGACUUGAGCCAGGUCAAUAGAGAAUGGACACUGCUAAUGAGGAUCCACAAAAGAAAACAAACAAUAUAUUCAAGCCCAAAUAUUUGCCGACCUUUAGAUGAAUGGUUCAUAUUACCUGUAUGCCAGGCUAAUGACUUUGAUAAAAGAUUUCAUAUUAAGCCCUACACAAAUAAUGAGCUAAUUUAACUAGCUCAAAUGGAAAGAGUAGAUUUAUUGCACACCACCACAAAUUGCAAUAUGAUAUUAUUCAGAUUACAUGGAGAAAAUCUAAUCAAAGGGUGGCAAGUUUUGGAGAUAUUUGAUUUCCCUACUGGGUUCCACAGUGAGAACUGUGUGCCACUAGUCCAAAAAUCAUCUUAAGGUGUUCAAGAUCCUGUCAGACACCAAUUCAAUGAAGCAAGUUGUAGAACUGAUUCAACUGAAUACAUUUACCAAGCAACCAUCAGCUAUAAUAAAUAAGAUUGAAGAUUGAAGUGAAGAUGACAUAUUUUGCAAGUACAACUCUGAUCCUAAAUGAAUCUCACAUUAGACAUAUACAAAAAGAAUUUAUUAAUCCUGCCUGAAUACUGACAAUAAUACACCUUCCUAAAGCCACACUGUGUAACAAUAUUAGACUCCAAAAAAAAAAAAAAAAAAAAAUUACAAUAAUAAUUCCAUGUUUUUAUUGCAUUAAAAACAAAAAAACAUGCUUCCUGUGAGGGGGCUUGGGCUCCACAAUCCUGGCACUUAUUUGGCCUGGAGGAGGAUUUUGUUCUGCUUGUCUCUAUGGAAAUGUUCCCUGUAACCUUCGAAGGCCAGGUCCUUCGAAGGUUACAGGGAACCCUCAAAUUGGGACACGGUUAAUAUCUCUGUGGAGAAUAUUCUGAAGUGUGGUUUUAAGUUUCCAUGGAAUCAUGCAGAUGACAUCUCACCUCCAGAAAGUUACAGGGUGUUGUUUUAAUUCAUUGCCUACUAUCUAGCUUGGAAAGGGCUUAGUUUUACACAUCAGAAAACAAUGGGCCUACUUUUUAAAACAGUCCCAACAAGCUUAAGACAGUGGAAACUCCUAACUUGAAUAUGGAUAAAGUUUACUGUUUGUAAAUUCUGUUUUGUAAAGCAAAAACUCUCCAUGUGAAUCAGUGCUGAGUAACAGUCCCCAUUGAUGGAGGCAUGCUCUUGAGGACAAGUCUGAAUCACAGUGCAGAGUGAAUGAGACAUUUAACAGCAUGAGAAUAAAAAUCACUAUAUCCACAACAUGUAGUUUUUACAGAAGCUCUGUGUUACAUCUAUUGUUUCAUGAGGAGUGAAUGGAGCCAUGGAGAAUAGUUUGAAUAAAACUCCUACUCGAAAGGA